UCCGUUCAGAUUUGUGUAGAAACACGGAGCUCGGUGUUCCGGUGGACGCAGGCUCACCGGGAGGCGUUUGAGACUCACGGGGAGGAGCCGCUCUGAUUUUCGGCGCUGACCUCACGAAGGCAGCGUACAUCGUUUUUCAGGGAGAUUCUUCCAAAUAGCCAACUUUAACGUUUCCUCGUCUCUCUUUUAAGAAACAACUAAAAACUCAUAUUUUCAGAUGAGUUUUUAUGCGCUGUUAUUUUGUUGUGAAGCACUCUGUGAUCCUUGUCUUAUAUUAAUAUAUAUAUAAAUACAAUUUUACUUACUUUUAUAAUGUGUUCUUAGGGUGCUCGUCUUAUGGGAAAUAGCUUUGCUACAGAAACGGAAGGACGCCCUAAAGUGAAUGAAUUUUGAAUAGAGUCUGGUUGAAGCCGCUCCGGCUCCUCUGAGAGCACACGGCGAGGUUAGUUCGUGUUUCCAGACCUCGGCCUGUCUGUUCUACGCUCAUUAAGCUGUAAACCGGAGGGCUGACUCCUUAUCUACCUGGCAGUGGAUCAUGCGGGUCUCUCGGGUCUCUGCCGGCCUCUUCCUCACUGAUCUGGACUCGGCUCUGAACGCCAGCGUGUUGACCAGCAGAAACGUCACUCUCAUCGUCAACGCCAGUGGGCUCGAGGACAUUUCCUACCCUCAACUGGAUGGUCUGGAGGUGCUCCACGUCCCCGUCCAGGACCAGCCUCAUGCCCCCCUCAGAGAGUACUUCGACCUGGUAACUGAAUGGAUCAACCAGAACCAAACGGGGGCGACUCUAGUCCACUGCACCGCCGGCAGAAGCCGGUCACCUGCGCUGAUCAUGGCCUACCUCAUGAGGUCUCAGGGUCUCAGCCUCCGUCGAGCUCACGAACUUGUUCUGGAGCAGCGACCAUUUAUUCGACCCAACGCUGGUUUCUGGAGGCAGCUGAUGGACUUGGAGAGGACCCUGUUUGGUAGGAACACGGUGAGGAUGGCGAGGACACCAGGCGGCGUCCUUCCAGAAGCUCUGGAGGACUCGGACGCCGCAGCGGUGCACUGCCUGAACGUCUGAUGCUGGCUGGCUCUGCAGCGUUUUCAGUGUGAAGCGCUCUGAGGAACUGCUUCCACGUGCUCUUCCUGUUGUUGGGAGGAGCUUAUAAACCUGUGCAUAUUUCUGCUGUUCUCUGGGCCUCAGGGUGCUGCUCU